AUGCCUCCCAAGAAGGCUGUUGUCCAAGAGAAGGUACUCCUGGGCCGUCCAGGAAACAAUCUGAAAAGUGGUAUCGUUGGUCUGGCCAAUGUUGGUAAAUCGACAUUGUUCCAAGCUAUCACCAAGUCGUCGCUGGGUAAUCCAGCCAACUUCCCCUAUGCCACCAUUGAUCCGGAAGAGGCGCGUGUCAUCGUCCCCGAUCAGCGUUUCGAUUGGCUGUGUGAACACUACAAGCCCAAGUCGCAGGUUCCUGCCAACUUGACCGUCUAUGAUAUCGCCGGUCUGACCCGGGGUGCUUCCACAGGUGCUGGUCUGGGCAAUGCCUUCUUAUCGCAUAUCCGUGCCGUCGACGCCAUCUUCCAGGUCGUCCGGUGCUUCGACGAUGCCGAGAUCAUCCACGUCGAGGGUGACGUCGACCCCAUCCGGGAUCUGAACAUCAUCAGCGAGGAAUUGCGUAUCAAGGAUAUCGAAUUCGUCGAGAAGGCUCAGGAGGCCUUGAGCAAGCAGACGCGACGUGGCGGUCAGACUCUGGAGAUGAAGAAACUCCGUGAGGAAGAGGCUACCGUCACCAAGGUGCUGGAGUAUUUGAAGGAGGGUAAUGAUGUCCGAAAGGGCGAAUGGAGUCCUAAGGAGGUCGAGGUGAUCAACCCUCUCAUGCUUCUGACCGCCAAGCCGGUUGUCUACCUGGUCAACCUCAGUGAGAAGGAUUACAUCCGCCAGAAGAACAAGUAUCUUCCCAAAGUCUUUGAGUGGAUCAAGACCAACUCCCCCGGCGAUCCUCUGAUCCCCAUUUCCGUCUCGUUCGAGGAGCGUCUCACGCGUUUCGAGACUGACGCGGAGGCCGAGGAGGAGUGCAAGAAGCUGAGCACCAAGUCCAACCUGCCUAAGGUGAUCACCACUAUGCGUCAGGUGCUGAACUUGGCCAGCUUCUUCACCACCGGUGCCGAUGAAGUGCGCCAGUGGACUAUUCGCAAGGGUGUUAAAGGACCUGGUGCUGCAGGUGUUAUUCACUCUGAUUUCGAGAAAACAUUUAUCCAGGCUAUUGUGUAUAACUACGAUACCCUGAGAGAAUACGGUGACGAAGGGGCUGUGAAGGCCGCCGGUAAGGUAAUGACCAAGGGUAAGGACUAUGUAGUGGAGGAUGGAGACAUCCUUCUGAUCAAGGCGGGAGCGGCCCGUGGUUAA